AGGGCGGAGAGCGGUGGCAUUUGAGUCCUCCGGUAUCCCAGCAGGCAGUGCAGCCUAGAGACGCUGACAAAGGACCGGAGGAGCAGUCGUAGCUGCUUUCCGAGGAGCCGGUGUUGCUGAGGAAAUUGAAGAUCACCUCAGCUAAAUCCUGCCUUCAAAAAAUUACAAGUACCGUGAACACUACCUGACUGUGAGAGCAUUGUACAAGAUCUGAUUCUUAUACUCAUUCCAACUUGUUGCUGAAUUUAAAUUGCCAAAAUGCUUUGGAGUUUUUAACUGAAGCUAAGACAAGUCUGGAAUAGAAUUGAGACUGUAAGAACAGAAGCUGCAGCAAGGGGGGUUCAGUGCCAAUGCAUCAACCAAAAAGACAAGCAGAAUUAGUGGAAGGAAAUCUUCCUGUUUUUGUGUUUCCCACGGAGCUGAUAUUUUAUGCAGAUGAUCAGUCAACACACAAGCAAGUGUUGACUCUAUACAAUCCCUAUGAGUUUGCCUUAAAGUUCAAAGUUUUGUGUACUACUCCAAAUAAGUAUGUUGUCGUUGACGCUGCAGGUGCAGUAAAGCCUCAGUGUUGUGUGGAUAUUGUGAUUCGUCAUAGAGAUGUUCGAUCCUGUCACUAUGGUGUAAUAGACAAAUUCCGUCUCCAAGUUUCCGAGCAAAGCCAGAGGAAGGCUUUAGGAAGGAAAGAGGUUGUUGCUACUCUUCUCCCAUCUGCAAAAGAACAACAAAAGGAAGAAGAGGAAAAAAGAAUAAAGGAACAUUUAACAGAAAGUUUAUUUUUUGAGCAGUCGUGUCAACCAGAAAACAGAACUGUUUCCUCAGGCCCUAGUUUACUAACUGUCUUCCUGGGAGUGGUGUGCAUUGCAGCCCUGAUGCUUCCUACACUGGGGGAUGUGGAAUCGCUGGUGCCUCUCUACCUCCACUUAAGUGUGAAUCAGAAAUUAGUGGCUGCUUACAUUUUAGGUCUUAUCACAAUGGCCAUACUUAGGACAUGAACAAGGAUUUUAGUUGAUUUCUGAAGUAAUUUUAUCUUCCAAACAUCAUGAAUGUGGACUACCUUUUAUGUCUAUUUCACUUCAUUAACAUGCUACAAACUAUUGAAUGAUUUAACAUAAUUACAAAUGUGUAAUAUGUAUUUUAAAUUACUCUUAUUAUUUUAUUUGAAGAAUUCCAGCACAUUAUGUUACAGACAUAUGAAACUAUUGGAAGAAAUUCUUCUGAUAUCUAUACCUAGUGUACAAAAGACUUUAAUUCAGACACUUGUUAUUUUAUCUUUUUCUAGUUCACUUUGAUUAAGAUCACGUGUCCUUCAAAGCUAAAGGCUGAAAAGAGCAAACUGACCUGCCUGAAAAUAAAAGGAUGUUGAUUUCCUACUUACAAGCAUUAAUAUUACUAUGUAAAUUAUACCUUGUCCUGUAUCAUUAAAGGAGCCCUGGUGGCACAAUGGUUAAAGCGUACAGCUGCUAACCAAAAGGUCGGCGGUUCGAACCCACCAGUUGCUCUGCAGGAGAAAGACGUGGCAGUCUACUUCCAUAGAUUUCAGCAUUGGAAACCCUACGGGGCGGUUCUACUCUAUCCUGUAGGGUCACUGUGAAUUGGAAUCGACUCGAUGGCAACGGCUUUGGUUUGGUUUUCUCUUACCAUUAUAAACAGUUGCCAUGGUAUUUCUAGAACAACAGCUUUGCAGUUAAUGUGUGGAGGCGGAAAAAAGCAUAAGGUACUGGGGGAUCAUGCUUAUCCUAGGGUUUCACAGAGAACAGGACAUAUUUCAUUCACCUGGGGAACUACAGAAUAGGUUGUGGUCCUGAUACCAAGCAUGUAGGUUUUUAUAAAAACCCAAUAGAAAUAGGACAACCUUUCUAUCUGGUCUAAAAGUUCUAAAGGAAGGUAGGCAUGCUUUUAGCUAGUUGGUUCAUCCUGGCUCUAACUCUGGAUAAUGCUUUAUGUUAAUGGAGGGAGCGAUUAUGUUCUUUUAUCCCUGGCCCCUUGCCUGACUGACUGUAAGCGAUUUGCCCAAAUCGGGAUGGUCAGAUGCUGUGUGGUUUAUGUGGAGAUCGUUGGUCUCCUUUAAACUCUACGCCAAGCAUAGGAAAUCUUGAUUUCUGUGUCUGUUUUGUAUCCGCCACUGAGACAUUUUUUAAGUUUUUAUUUAUUAUUAAAACAACUUUACCAAAAAAACUCCCUAAGCACAACUAUUUACAUUUCUUUAUAGCCUCUUCUGAUCUCUAACAUAUAUAUAUGUUAGAUAUGUAUAUAUCUAACGUGUGUAUAUAUAUAUAUAUAUGCAGUUUUAACUUAUCAUAGUAACUAAUCUUUUGACUUAGGAUUUUUAUCUGAGAGCACAAUGCUUUAAGAGUCUCUUGAAAAUUAUCUUCCAGAUCUUUUUACAGAAUGAAUUUAUGCACUGUAAUAUUCUCAAGGAAUAUGUGUAAACACAAAAUGUAUGCCUGAGGUUGGUUUUUGCAGGAAACAGUACUUUGCUUCUAAAGUGCUUUUAUGUAUAGUCUUUCAUAGAAAAUCCUCAGUGUUUAACCGUUUGAGGAACAUAAAUCAUUAAAUGGAUCAUAUCUGUACUUUCUGUAAUGACUGAAAGCACAUAAAUGUAAUUGACUUUAAACUUUGUAAAAACCUGUGUGUGGAGGCUAUCCUUGUUUCUCUAUCCAUCUCAAAUUGUGUGGGUGUGGGUGUGUGCAUGCGUUCAAGUGCACACACGUG